AUGUUCAACACAGCCCUCCCAUCGUUUAUUCUCCUACUUGGCAUCCUCACAUUAGAGACGCUGGCCGCUGCACUGCCAACUGACUCACGCCGUGCACUCACGAAAAGGGAUUGGUAUAGUCCAGAAUACACAUGGAUCUUUGAAUAUCCUCUGCCCAUCCCUCCUACAGCAAACGUCAAGACAACGUGGACCAACGCCACUGCUGGAGCCACCAUCGAUUACUACGAAGUCACAAUCAAGCCUUUUGAGCAACAAAUAUACCCAAAUCUCAAAGCGACCCCACUUGUUGGAUACGAUGGGACGUCUCCAGGUCCAACAUUCCAAAUGCGGAAAGGCAGAGAGGCUGUCGUCAGAUUCAGCAACAAUGCGGAUGUUGAAAAUUCGGUUCAUGUCCACGGCCAGUACGACCGCUCGCCUUUUGAUGGAUGGGCAGCGGACACAACGAAGCCAGGCGAGUACAAGGACUACUAUUAUCCUAACGGACAGAACGCGAGGACCCUGUGGUACCAUGACCAUGCGGAGUAUAUCACUGCAGACAAUGCCUAUAAGGGGCAAGAAGGCGUCUACAUCAUUAGUGAUGAUGAGGAAGACUCUCUUGGACUCCCCAGUGGAAACUACGACGUUCCUUUGGCAAUAACGGCCAAGUACUACAACUACGAUGGCACAUUGAAUUUCGAGUCGUUUGACCAAGCCGGCCUCUGGGGCGAUAUCAUUCACGUUAAUGGUCAGCCGUGGCCGUAUCUUAACGUUGAACCUCGAAAAUACCGGCUCCGACUUCUAGACGCUUCACUCAGUCGAACAUAUAUACUCUCCCUCGGCGUCGAUGGAGACAACAAAAACGUUACCUUCCAAGUCAUAUCUUCUGACUCCGGUCUCCUCGGGUACCCUGUCAGCACAGAUGAUCUAGAGAUAUCCCCAGGAGAGCGGUACGACCUCGUCGUAGACUUCAGCCCUUACGCUGGCAAGAACAUCACUCUCAACAACGGCGUCGGCAUUUCGGAGAUUGUAGACUACCCAGCCACUGACAAGGUUAUGCGAUUUGUAGUUGGCAACGAAGUCUCCAGCCAAGCGAACAAUGGCGAUGUUCCAUCGACUCUCCGGCGGGUGCCAUUUCCUCCAAAAGACUUGAGCAAAGCGGACAAGGAUUUCAAAUUCGAGCGGGACGGCGACGCCUGGAAGAUCAAUGGCGUCGGAUUUGCCGACAUCGAACACCGCAUCAUUGCCAAACCGGCACGCGGGUCUGUGGAGGUGUGGAAUCUGCAUAACAGUGGAGGAGCGGGGACCCAUCCGGUGCAUAUCCAUCUCAUCGACUUCCAGAUCCUGUCACGAACCGAAGGCCGUGGAAAGGUUCUGCCUUAUGAAGCAGCGGGGUUGAAGGACGUGGUGUAUCUGGCUGCUGGCGAGACCGCUCAGGUCGUCGCUUGGUACGCGCCAUGGGACGGCGUGUACAUGUUCCAUUGCCACAACCUCAUUCACGAGGACCAUGACAUGCUAGUUGGGUUCAACGUCACUCAACUCGGCAAUUGGGGCUACGAUAACUCCACUCAUUUCAUCGACCCUAUGGAGCCUGAAUUCAGACCCAAGCCUCAGGAUCCGGCAGCCUACUCUGAGGAUGCCAUCCAAGAGAAGCUUGCGUGGUUCUAUAGCACCGACGCUUAUGAUGAGUCGAACCAACCCCCUCAUCGUCGAGUGGCUAUCAAUUACUAGCUUGGCUACCAAUGGUGACGUCCAAAUAUGAGGUUGAGGGGUUGGAACGCUCGUGAGCGUAUAAUGGUGGAGGUUGAGGGGAAAAGCCGACCUGAGCGAGCGGACCACUUUGUGUAGAAAGUGAGAAGAGGGACCUCAAAUCUUGAAUUGUUACUUUAUGUUUGUUUCUGGAAGCCCUUUGCCACAUUUGCUUCCAUCAGUUAUGUGGCUGGUGGUCAAAGCACGUCAUGGAUCUGUUUUGUUCCUCGGAAUUGGAUGGACCUUAAUAUCGACAGUGGGUAAUCGCAUCUUUCGGUAGUAGACUUAUGGCAUUAGCAUUCUUACAAUUUAUAUUGGAGUUGAACAUAGAUAUGGUAACCCUGAGUUUUACCGCUUGCUCAAAAUA